AUCCCUGUGCUCUAAAUAUCGCGAGGUCGUGCAGGCAUCCCUGAAUUAGGUUCCAUGCUUUUGGCAACAGCUUAAAAAUGAUUUAUUGUUUAUAACUUUUACUAGGACCUCAUUAGGAAUAGUAUGAGAGGGAUUGUGUUUCUACGCUGAAUUCUUUUCUGUUUACACGGUUAAUAAGAUUUACUUUCUCUCCUCUCUAAAUUACACUUUUGUCUUAGUCAGACUAGCAUAUAUUAGCUAAGACACUCCCUGGUUUAAUUGGACUUUCCAAGCUUUGCAGUCCAUGGGAAGAUUUAGCAGAUUAUGUUUACAUUGGUGCUGUCAUUACCUGCUUUAGGGUAAGGCCACACGAGGAGAUUCGGGGAGAUUUUGUCGCCUGACGACUAAUCGCCUCGUCUUCUGAGCGCCAGAUUUAUACAGUUUAUUUGUUUGUCAUUUGGAAUUUAUUGUAGCCAUGGAUAUUUUGCCUAUGCCAGGAGAAAUAUUACUAUUUUCAAUGGGAAACUUGUAGGAGAACAACUAUAGCAUGGCAGGAGAACAGAAGCCAUCCAGUAGCAUUCUGGAGCAGUUUAUUUUACUAGCCAAAGGCACAAAAGGUUCAGCUCUUCCAGCUCUUGUAAACCAAGUAUUAGAGGCUCCUGGAGUUUAUGUAUUUGGUGAACUUUUAGAUUUACCUCAUGUGCAAGAGCUUGGUGAUGGACCCCAUUCUGGUUACUUGAAGCUUCUGAAUUUAUUUGCUUAUGGAACUUAUCCUGAUUAUAUUGCCUCAAAGGACAGCCUGCCAGAGCUUUCGGCUGUACAGAAGAACAAGUUAAAACAUCUGACCAUUGUGAGUCUUGCAUCCCGGAUGAAGUGCAUUCCUUACUCCGUUCUCCUGAAAGAUCUGGAAAUGAGAAAUCUCAGGGAGCUGGAGGAUCUUAUUAUAGAAGCUAUUUAUACGGACAUUAUUCAGGGCAAACUGGACCAGCGCAAUCAAGUGUUGGAGGUAGAUUUCUGCAUUGGGCGGGACAUUCCCAAAAAGGACAUCAGUAGCAUUGUGAAAACACUUCAAGAAUGGUGCGAUGGCUGUGAAGCUGUGUUAGUGGGGAUUGAACAACAAGUCGUGAGGGCAAAUCAAUACAAGGAGACUCACAAUCGUACACAACAGCAAAUAGAAACAGAGGUGACAAAUAUAAAAAAGACUCUGAAAGCCACAGCUUCCUCAUCGGCGCAGGAUACUGACCAGCAUUUGGCAGAGCGUGAGGGCCCUCCACUUACUGAGCAACGACAGCCCACCAAAAAGAUGUCAAAGGUUAAAGGUCUGGUCUCCAGUCGCCACUAAUGAAGAUGGGUUCAGGGCGGAGGCUCCGGGGGCCUGCACACUCUCCCGGGUUGUUUACAGAUUAAACUAUGAGUCACCUGUGUAUCAGCCUCUUCCACCCUCCAUUAUUUUUGGAGAAUAAUAAUGCCAUGGGCAAGAAAGAACCCAUUGCAAUAACAAUGCUCUGACACUGUUUGGUUGGCAGUUUUUUAUCCGAGCAGGACAAUUUACCGAGCAGUUUGCAUAACCCCUUCCCUGCCGGAGAGGCUUUUUGUGAGAGAUGCUGCAAUGCACAGCAGGCUCCUCUGCCAGUUAGAGGGUUUAUAGGAAAGGCUUCUUUUUGCUGAUUUUGGUCUUGUCCUCUUUCUGGAGAUUUAAAAUGUGCAGUGGGGCAGAUUUGUAGAUAACGCUCUCCUUUCUUCUUACCAGAAUAUUUUAUUUUGCUCUUUUUUCCAGGUUGAAAGCUUGUCACUAGCCUUUAUAUAGAUUAUAAUAUUUGAAGGUCCCAAAAGGUAUUGCAGUAAACCCACAGAAAGUAAAUAUGGCGACACUAUUUUGUAAAGAGAAGUGGGUGAUGGGUAGAAGAGAAAGUUGGGGGAACUUCAUUUUGUAAUGGCACAACUUGGUUCUCAUGUUUAAAAAAAGGCUUACAGUCAAGUUGGCAAUGUAAAAUAUCCUGAUUAAUAUUUGGUCAUUUGGGGUUUACUGAUUGAAACAAAGCAACUGUAGCUGGUGUGGUCCAUGCUCAUGCCACUUAAAGGAGAAGGAAAGCUAACAGCAGUUUAUUGCCAAUAGAUUUGCCACAAUAGUGCAAACUAUAAGAUUAUAUUUAUUCUGCAGAAUGCUUUACCAUACCUAAGUAAACAGCUCUAGAAGCUCUCUAUUUGUUUAGCAUAGUAACAGCCAUAUUAACUUGAUGUGACAUCCUGCCUAAUUCUCUCCCUGCACACUCAUAGCUCUGGGCUCAGAUUACAGCAGGGAGGGGAGGAGGGAGGGGGUAAAAGGGAGGGGGAGAGAUGCAAAUUGAGCAUGCUCAAGCCCUAGCCCUGGAGGUUUAUGCUGAAAACGGGAAGUCUGAUACAGAAGCCCAUGUGCACAUAAUAGCCGGAAAGAAAUGUUUCUUUUGAAAGAGGACUCAAAGCAGCAUUACUUUGAGGGUUUACUGGUAUAUUUAUAUAGACCUGAUAAAGCUUACUUAAUUUUAGCCUUUCCUUCUCCUUCAAGAGCAGGAAGGAAAUGGUGCUAGGGGAAACCUCUAGCUAUUCUAAAAGCCCUUUACACUUG